AUGGAACGAUUUAAUAUUUAUGAAGAAUUAAUUCAAUCACUUUCUAAUAUUAAAGGUUAUAAUCAUAAUCGUAAUGAACUUGAUGAAAGAUGUUCUAAUGCAAUACUUUAUUCAACUGUAACUGUAACUCGCAUUGAUCAAUUGAAUUUAAAUGCAGCAUAUUGGUGGAAGAAUAUUCGAAAUCCAGUAUUAUUUAAUAAUCAUGGUAUUCAAUCAAUAUGUAAUGAUAUGAAAGAUUCUAAUAUAAAUCCAAUAUUUAUUGAAAUUUCAUCACAUCCAGUUCUUUCAUCAACAACUAUAGAAUGUUUUCAAGAAUUUAAACAAUUACAUAAAUUAUCAUCAAUCCAAAUUCCGAUAACUAUUUAUUCAUUGAAAAGAAAAGAAAACGAACAACAAACGAUUCUAUCAUCAUUAUGUUCAUUACUUUCAUAUUUUGGUUCACAUUUAAUUGAUUGGCAACGAUUUUUUAAUUCACAUAUAUAUGGACAACUUUUACAAAAAAUAAUCCAAUAUCAACAUCAAUUAUUUCUUUUAUUGAUACAUUACCAAAUUAUACAUUUAAUCACCAAAUAUACUGGUAUAAAUCAAAAGAUUCAGUUUUUUUCUCGACGAGCAAUUAAGAAAAAACAUCAUCCAUUACUUGGAUGUCGUUUAUGGCAUAAUGAAACACAAACACCAAAAUGGAAAAAUGUUUUUGCAAUGAAUAAAGAUUCAAUGCAUUUAUCUUAUUUACUUGAUCAUAAAAUUCAUGGAGAUAUUUUAUUUCCUGCUUCAGCUUUUAUUGAACUUGUUAUAUCAGCUAUAAAUCAACUUUUUCAAUAUGUAUCAUCAGAACAACAAUCAAUUACUUUACAAAAUAUUCAGUUUCUUAGUGGACUUCAUUUAGAUAAUGAUGACACAAUUCAAAUUGAAACAGUAAUCAUAAUGCCAUUUAAAGAAUUUUUUAUUUAUAGUCGUCGAAAACCUCCGAAUGAUUCUGUACAUCUUGCUGGUAUUAGUGGUAAUGAAAUAAAAAUAACAUUUUCUGAUGAAAAUUCUUUACAUAAAUAUUCAUCAAAAGAAUGGUCUUUACAUUGUUCUGAUUUAAUCAAUUUAAAAAUUGAUGCUUCAUUAAUUAGUUCUAUGUAUGAUAUUCAAUCAAUUUUAAAUCGUUUAUUACUAUCAAAUAAUACUAAUUCAACAAUAAUAGCAGAAAAUGAAAAUGAUAUUGAAAAUUUAUAUAAAUAUUUUUCUGAAUGUGGUCUAACAUUUGGUCCACAAUUUCGAUCAAUAAAAAAAAUUAUAUAG